AUGAUCCCAGAAAGGGUUUACCAACUAUGUCACAGCAGCAAAACUGUGAGCUCCGCACUUGCACAAGACCCAAAUCAAGCACCAACCAAGGUCUUUCACAAGCUUUACAAUGACCAUCACGACGAAGAGGGCAAGCCGGAACCAGAGAAUGGGGUAAAUAGCCAUGACAGGUUACAGAAGGCCCUGGAGUGUGGAAAUUGGGGCCCUACAAAACCGACCAAGCUAUUCCUGCAGGUAUAUCAUGAUGCACUAUGCACCUUGGAAAAGAACCCAAUGGCGGGGGUGGUCUCGCCCCCAUUCAUGGGUGGCCAUGGAAUCCUACCUUUGACAAUCGUGGCCCCAUUGCCGGACUUGUGCCGGCACAUGGCAAACUGUAUUGCCCGGGCUGAAACAGAAGUCUUUCUUGGUACAAACUUCUGGAUCCAUUCCGAUGCUUCGACCUUAGUGACCAAUGCCUUUCGCGAACUAUCCAAACGAGCGGGUGAGCGCGGCACAAAGGUCGUGGUGAAGAUGAUCUAUGACCGGGGUGACCCACGACAGGCCUAUGAUAACCGUUUAGACGUACCAGAAAAGAAAUACACCAGCGACAAAGUCCAACUUCCUCCUGCCGAUGAAGUUCCUAACAUCGACCUGCAGGUUGUCAACUACCACCGUCCUCUAUUCGGAACGUUUCAUGCUAAAUUUAUGGUAAUUGACCGGAGAAUUGCCCUACUCCAGAGCAGCAAUGUUCAAGAUAACGACAAUCUGGAGAUGAUGGUCAGGCUUGAAGGUCCCAUUGUAGACGCUUUCUAUGAUACCGCGUUAAUCUCAUGGGGGAAGCACUUCAAUACGCCCUUUCCCAUGCUGUCGUCUCCCGCUGCAGGUGCUCCACCCCCUAGUCUUUCCAUGAUGGACGUAAGCCACGGGCAGGAGGCUCAGGGUUUGUCUUUGCCAGAGCACACCACCACAGACCAACACUAUGACUCCGAUAUUAAGGACGAGGCACAAAGAGUCAACGGCACGCUCAAGCCAAGACCGGGCGAGCCAAAAACUAGUCCUGUCACUCGUCACCUGAACACGACUACCCAGCCAAAUACAACCGGUGAUGCCCCUAACAGUGAUCAAGAUAUCCCGAUGACGCCAUACACCAUAUCACCGCCCCAUGAAACAUUUCCAAUGGCUUUAGUAAAUAGAGAGCCUUGGGGAGCGCCGAACCAUUCAAGCAUUUAUACCCCGCAAAACGCCGCCUUCCUCUCGGCAAUUCAAAACGCAGAGCACUCAAUCUUUAUCCAGACCCCAAAUAUGAAUGCAGAGCCUCUCCUAGAACCCUUACUAGAGGCAGUCCGUCGUGGGGUCGUUGUCACAUGCUACCUUUGUCUGGGCUAUAACGACGCCGGACAAUUACUUCCCUUCCAGAACGGGACGAAUGAAAUGAUUUCUAACCGGCUAUAUAGCUCCCUCGAGACACAGGAGGAGCGCUCAAGACUACGUAUAUAUAAUUAUGUGGCUAAAGACCAGACGAAGCCCAUCCAUAACAAGUUUAAGCGUCGAAGUUGUCACAUCAAGCUCAUGAUUAUCGACGGGAAAGUGGCUAUACAAGGAAAUGGAAACCUCGACACUCAAUCAUUCUACCACAGCCAGGAAAUUAACAUCCUCAUCGACUCGCCGCUCAUCUGCCGUUCAUGGCUUGAGACGAUCAAUCGCAACCAGAACACAGUGCUUUAUGGCGCGGUGAGUCCUAAAGAUGGAUGCUGGCAUGAUACCGUCACCGGUGAGGUUCCUGAAGGUUCUAUUGGUGUCAACCCGGGACGUUUCAGCUGGGCCAAAGGGAUGUCCCACCCCUACGACCCUCCCAUAAAAGCUAUAACAGACUAUCUCUACCACUACAAUAUAACAGACUCAUCAGCCUACACUGCAGCCCGCACAGCCCUCCUCGACACCCUAAGCUGCGCCAUCGAAACAGCCUCGAAAAGCCCCGAGGCCCGCAACCUCCUCGGCCCCUGUGUACCAGGUACGGUCGUUCCAAAUGGAUUCAAGCUACCAGCGACAAGGUACCAGUUGGAUCCGGUGAAGGGGGCAUUCGAUUUAGGAGUUUUGAUCCGGUACUUGGAUCACAAUGAUGCUCUUGGGGGAGCGGAGUGGGGCCAUCCUUCUGAUAACCUAGCCGCCAUCCUCUCAACAACAGAUUGGCUAUGCCGCUCCUCAAACCCCACCCCCAACAACCACCCCGGCCCCAGUCCACCCCUAACCAUACGAACCCUCCUCGAAGCUCUCAUAAAAGCCUACGAGAUCCAAGGCUGCUACCAAAUGCGCAACGCCUUCAACGCCCUUGGAACUGACCACGUCAUCCUCGUCAAACUCGCCUCCGCAGCCGUCGUCUCCUGGCUCCUGGGACUCACCGAGGCGCAGACCAUGGCGACAAUCUCGCACGUCUGGAUGGACGGGCAUCCGAGCCGGAUAUACCGCACGGAGGAGAAUACGAUUUCGCGCAAGGGGUGGGCGGCGGGGGAUGCGGGGAUGCGGGCGGUGCAUUUGGCGUUGGUUGUGAGGGCCGGGCAGGACGGUGUACCGGGGGUUUUGGGGUCUGUGCCGUGGGGGUUCUACAGGCGGUGUUUUGGGGGGGAAGCGUUUGAGUUUCCGAGGGCGUUUGGGACGUGGACAGUUAGGAAUGUGGUGGUCAAAGUGAUGCCGGUUGAGGGGCAUGGUAUUGCGGCUGUUGAGGGGAUGUUGGUUCAGAGGGAAAGACUUGUGAGUAUGGGGUUGGGGGCGGGAGAUGUUGAGAGGAUUGAGGUUCGGACGACGGGGGCGGCGGAUUUGAUUAUCAAUAAACGGGGUCCGUUGUAUAAUGCUGCGGAUCGGGAUCAUUGUAUUCAGUACGUUGUUGCUCUGGCGUUGUUAAAGGGCGAGGCUCCUGAGGCUCGUGAUUAUCUGGAUGAGAGUUGCUGGGCGAGGAGUGAGGAGCUUGCUGCAAUGCGUGAACGGAUCAUUGUGGUGGCCGAUGAUCGAUUGACGGCUGAUUAUCUUGACUUGGAGAAAAAGAGUAUCGGUUCUGCUUUGACGGUGUAUUUUCGUGACGGCACUAUCCUGCCUGAGGUAUUGGUGGAAUAUCCAAUCGGUCAUGUCAAGAACCCUAGGUCUGCGGCCGCGGUACGUGACAAGAUUAUGAGAAACAUGCGUCUUAUAUUCUCAGAGGCACACAUCGCCAGAAUCCUUGCCGCCGUUGAGAACGAUGAUAUGAACAUUUCGGAGUUUGUCGACAUGUUUUGGCUCCAGACAUCCACGGAGUCCAGGCUUUAGGAGAUUGUGUUUUACACAUCUGUGGACUGUACUUAGGGUUGGAAAAGUAGGAGGAUUCAUGGGUAACUGUGAUAAAGGAAGAAACGACAAUAUAUUCCAGACAU